AUGUAUAUUUCAAUUUUUCUUUUGAUCACUAUAAUUUCUAGUAUACAAAUUAAUUCAUUUGAAUUGUCAAAAAAAGCUGCUAAUACAUUUAUAAAUGUUAUAAGUAAUUCAUGUUCAUUAUGUAAAUUAGGUGAAAAUAUUGUUGAUGAAUCAUUUCCAAUUAAUGAUUUUCAAUUAAAUAUUGAAAAUAAAUGUAACUUAGUACCUAAAGGAUAUGAAUUAUUAUGUAAAACUGUUCUUGGUAAAAUAAUUAAUUUUGGAUAUCAAAAAACAAUUGAUUUUAUGAAUAAAUAUGAUUGUAAUGAAUAUUGUAAUGAUAAUACACAACCUAUUGAUAUGGAUAUUGCAUGUGUUGGUGGUAGAUAUCUUUAUGAUAAUGUCGAUAAUUUUAUUAAUCUUUUAAAAGUAUACUCAUUAGAUGUAUGUAAAAGUGAAAAAGAUGUAAUGAAAUGUGUACAAAAAAUAGAUUCAUUACUUAAUAUUGGAAAAGGUAUUGGUAAAAGAACUAUUCUUCGUUUAUCAUUACAAAUUGACUCUAAUGCAGCAUGUGGAAUAUCUUAUAAAGAAUUACCAAAAGGGAAUGAAAUAUUUGAAAGCCAAAAAAAAGAUAGUACUGGUGAAGAAAUAAAAUGUAUAACAUGUGCUGAGAUGGUUAAAUUUAUUGGAAAGAUAACUGGAGGUGAUGGUGCACCAAAUACAUCAUCAGUACAAUUUUUAAAAGCAGCAGCUAAAGCAGUUACUGAAGUGUGUAAUAAACUUGAUUUAUGUAAACCUGGAAGUAAAAUGUGUACCGGUGGAACAUGUAGUGCAUUUUCUGAUUCUAUAGUUAAUAUGAUACCACAAAUGAUGCCUAUAUUUUUGAAUAAAUUGUGCAAUACCAUAGACCCUAAUUGUCCAAUUGCCUCUCCAUCAUCUUAG